AUGUUAGCUUUAGGCUAUUCAAUAUAUUUUACUAUCUCUCUUGCCUUGGAAGGCUAUACACCAGUGGAGUUCAUCAUAGCUGAUGCCUCAAUCAUUGAGUUCAAUUUCACAAGCGACAACACCUUAUACUAUAAUUUCAAGUUCAAUAUUUCUGUGAGAAACCCGAACUACGAGAGCGAAUAUAUGAAUAAGAUCCAUGCAGUUUCUUAUUAUAAAGGUAAUAAAUUUGCUGCAGUGGAUAUGACAUCCCAUAAACUAUAUGGCAGGACUAUCAAUUUGCUUAAGCCUGUUGUGUUUUAUGGAAAUAAUUUGAUCAAACUCAAUGUUCAAAAAGUUAUUGAGUAUGAAAAUGAGACACGGUUGGAGAUUUUUAAUUUAGAUUUGAAAUUAGAUAUAAAAUACGAUAAAUGUGUUUAUUGUCUUGGUUUGAGAGUUCCUUUGAUUUCCAAUGAAAAAUCAGAAUCUACUUUCAAUGUUACCAAAUGCUCUCGUGAAUACCAGGGAUGGGGUUCGGAAUUGGAUUAG